GGACGGACGGAGGGACGGACUGAUGGAUGGACGGACGAAUGGAUGGACGGAAGGAUAGUUGGAUGGAUGGAUGGAUGGAUGGAUGGUUGGGUGGAUGGAUGGAUGGGUGGAUGGAUGGACAUAUGGAAGGAAGGAUGGAUGGACGCAUGGAGGGAUGGAGGGAUGGAGGGAUGGACGGAUGGACGGACAGACGGACGGACGGACGGACGGAUGGACAGACGGACGGACGGACGAACAAGCGGACGGACAACAGACGGACAGACGGAUGGAUGGACGAACGGAUGGAUGGAUGGAUAGAUGGAUGGAUGGAUGGAUGGACGGACGGAUGGACGGACGGACGGAUGGACGGAUGGAUGGAUGGAGRGAGGGAGGGACGGAUGGACGGAGGGACGGACGGAGGGACAGACAGAUGGACGGACGGACGAAUGGAUGGAGGCACGGAUGGAUGGAUGGAUGGAUGGAUGGAUGGAUGGAUGGAUAAAUGGAUGGAUGGACGGAUGGAUGGAUGGAUGGAUGGAUGGAUGGAUGGAUGGAUGAACGGACGGAUUGAGGGACGGACGGACGGAUUGACGGACGGAUGGACGGACGGACGGACGGACGGAUGGAUGGAUGGAUGGAUGGACAGAUGGAUGGAUGGAUGGAUGGAUGGACGGAUGGAUGGAUGGAUGGAUGGAUGGAUGGAUGGAUCGGUGGAUGGAUCUAUCGAUGGAUCUAUGGAUGGAUCUAUGGAUGGAUGGAUGGAUGGAUGUGGGGAUAAAUGGAUGGAUGGAUGUGUGGAUGGAUGGGUGGAUGGAUGGGUGGAUGGAUGGAUGGGUGGAUGGAUGAAUGGAUGGAUGGGUGGAUGGAUGGAUCCAUGGAUGGAUGGAUGGGUGGAUGGGUGGAUGGAUGGAUGGAUGGAUCGGUGGAUGGAUGGAUCGAUGGAUGGAUGGAUGGAUGGAUCCAUGGAUGGAUGGAUGGAUGAAUCCGCGGAUAGACAGAUGCACGGACGGAUGGACGGAGGGACGGAGGGACGGAGGGACGGAUGGACGGAUGGACGGAUGGACGGAGGGACGAACGGACGGACGGACGAACGGGUGGAUGGAGGGAUGGAUGGAUGGAUGGAUGGUCGGACGGAUGGACGGACGGAUGAAUGGAUGGAUGGAUGGAUGGAUGGAUGGAUGGAUGGAUGGAUGGAUGGAUGGAUGGAUCCAUGGAUGGAUGGAUGGAUGGAUCCAUGGAUGAAUGGAUCCAUGGAUGGAUCCAUGGAUGGAUCCAUGGAUGGAUGGAUGAACGGACGGACGGAUAAACGGACGGAUGGAUGGACGGAUGGAUGGACAGAUGGAUGGAUGGAUGGAUGGAUGGAUGGAUGGAUGGAUGGAUGGAUGUACGGAUGGCUGGACGGAUGGACGAACGAAUGGACGGAUGCAUUGAUGGAUGGAUGGACGGACGAACGGACGUAUGGACGGACGGAUGGACGGACGGAUGGGCGGACGGAUGGGCGGAUGGACGAACGGAUGGACAGAAGGAUGGACAGACGGAUGGACGGACGAAUGGACAAACGAAUGGACGGGUGGAUGGACGGGUGGAUGGACGGGUGGAUGGACGGGUCGAUGGACGGAUGGGUGGACGGAUGGGUGGAUGGAAUGGUGGAUGGAUGGGUGGAUGGAUGGAUGGAUGGAUGGAUGAACGGAUGGAUGGGUGGAUUGAUGGAUGGAUGGACGGAUGGAUGGACGGAUGGAUGGGCGAACGGACGGAUGGAUGGAUGGAUGGAUGGAUGGAUAAAUGGAUGGAUGGGUGGAUGGAUGGGUGGAUGGACGAAGGGAUGGACGGGUGGAUGGACGGAUGGAUGGACGGGUGGAUGGACGGGUGGAUGGAUGGGUGGACGGACGGGUGGAUGGACCUGUGGAUGGACGGGUGGAUGGACGGGUGAAUGGAUGGAUGGAUGGAUGGAUGGAUGGAUGGAUGGAUGGAUUGGUGGAUGGACGGGUGGAUGCACGGGUGGAUGGACGGGUGGAUGGACGUUUGGAUGGAAGGGUGGAUGGACGGGUGGAUGGAGGGAUGGGGGGAUGGGUGGAUGGACGGGUGGGUGGAUGGGUGGAUGGAUAGGUGGGUGGAUGGGUGGGUGGAUGGAGGGAUGGAUGGACGGACGGAGGGAUGGAUGGACGGAUGGAGGGAUGGAUGGACGGACGAAGGGAUGGAUGKACGGAGGGAUGGAGGGAUGGAUGGACGGACGGAGGGAUCGACGGAUAGAGGGACGGAGGGAUGAACGGACGGAGGGACGGAUGGAUGGAUGGACGGAUGGAUGGACAGAUGGAUGGACGGAUGGACGAAGGGAUGGACAGAGGGAUGGACGGAGGGAUGGACGGGGGGAUGGACGGAUGGAUGGAGGGAUGGACGGGCGGACGGACAGACGGACGGACGGACGGACGGAUGGACGGACGGUCGAACGGACGGACGGACGGACGCACGCACAGAUGGAUGGACGGACGGACGGACGGAUGGAUGGACACAUGGACGGAUGGAGGGAUGGAUGGAUGAAUGAAUGGAUGGACGGACGAACGGACUGAUGGACGGACGGAUGGACGGACGGACGGACGGACGGGCGGAUGGACUGACAGAUGGACGGCUGGACGAAC